AAAUACGAGAAUAAGAAGCGGAAAUCCAUUAAUUUUGAAGAUACAACAUACAAGUUACUGAUCCAACUUUGUAAUUACGAAUUACUGGGUAAUUACGUAAGUCAGGAGAUUAUAUUGUGACCUCAUAGUCAUAUUUAUGACUCAACUUUGAUCAAAAAGAAAAAUGAGGAUUCCUGUUCCAAGCGAUGACGUCACUUUGAACCGAAACCACAAAAACGCUGGAUCACAAAACAAGGUUGAUCGGGAAAGUACCCAGUCACCCGGGGGAAUUACCGAAGAGAACUUCCCCCAUUAUAAAAGGGUUUCUGAUUAUUUGCUGGGAACUUGUGUUGGGGAAGGUUCGUUCGCUAAAGUGAGACUCGCCUUGCAUUGCCCAACCAAAGAAAAGGUGGCGGUCAAAAUUAUCAACAAAGCGAAAGCAAGACGCGAUAGUUAUGUGUUCAAAAACCUUCACCGUGAAGGAAGAAUCUUACAAAUGGUCCGCCAUCCAAACGUCGUACAGGUCCUUGAUAUUUUGGAAACAGGCAACAACUAUUAUCUGGUGACCGAACUUUGCUCCGGCGGGGAACUUAUCGACGUUGUUACCGAACAGGGUCAUUUGCCGGAAGAAACCGUUCGGCGUUACACCUAUCAACUCGUGAACGCGGUUGAAUAUCUUCACGAACGAAAGAUUAUUCAUAGAGACCUUAAAGUUGAAAACCUUUUGUUGGAUUCUGGUGGAAACAUUAAAAUUAUCGACUUCGGUUUAAGCAACACUAUUUCGCCUGUCUGCAGCGACAUCUCGUGUGCGUUGAGCACCCAGUGUGGUUCACCAGCAUACGCCGCCCCAGAGCUAUUGUCGAAGAAGUCGUACGGACCGAAAGUGGACGUUUGGUCAAUAGGUGUCAUCACAUUCGCUUUACUCGUUGGCAAACUUCCCUUCACUGUUGAACCUUUUCACAUCCCAAAGUUAUGUCGAAAGAUGAUGCGAGGUGAAAUGAACCCAAUACCAACCAAUAUAUCAACGCAUUGCAGAUAUUUUAUCCGAAAACUUCUGUGUCCUGACGUCACUCAGCGACCGAAUAUUUCUGAAGUUUCAAAGUUGAAAUGGAUUUUGACUUUCCAGCCAGAAAGUACAAGGAAGUCAAUGACCAAGACAGUUGUUUCGUCACUUUUAAUUGAUAAGUUGGCUGGUGACGUAAGACGACGUCACAGUCUGAUGUCACCGCUCGUGACGUCACCAAUCGAGGCGGCUGUCGUUAAAGAGAUGAGCGUUUCUUUUGGUUUUGCAUGCUCAGAUGUCAUACAGUGUGUGCAGAAGAACCGACCUGGCCCCGCCCUUGCUACGUAUCACCUGCUCGCUAGGAGGAGAGAGGAGAAAAACGAAAAAAAGAAAGAAACAAACCGUUUCUCCCAAGCCAUCCGCACUCACAUUGAAGUGAAACUCAAUGAGGAGAAUAAUCGUAUGACGAAUAAUGGUGAUGAUGACGAAAUAAACGGCCAUCCCAGCUCCGGAUCUACGACACCAUCGCUGCAAAGCACCCCCACUCCUCAAGAUAACAAUCUGCAUUGUGACGCAGAGAACGAAAGGUCACAGAAAAGCGUAUCUUCGCCGACGUAUGAAAUCAUACGAGACGCUUCCGCAAAACAAAGCGAAAAGGAAGAGAAAAAAGUGGAAGUCCAGCGACCUCUUGCGGUUGACAUACGACCAAAACGAUCGGAAUCUGGACCCUGGCGUAAAAGUAACCCAGUAGUGUUGCCUGGAAAUACCGGGGAAAGCAACGGCAGAGCUGAGUUUAUUUCUCUGCUUGAAAACAUGAAGAAAAUGAGGGAAAACUUGCAAAAACGAAGCCAAGAAACCAUACUGGAUGUUGUUCGUAAGGAAUCCAAAGCUCCAGCGGUUACUGUAGGAGUAACGAAGGUUCAGUCACCUCGUAAAAGUCCCAAACUGGUAAGGAAGCUCCCUCUACGAGAGCAGCAUCAGCACAGAACAUCGGUAUCCCAGGAUUCUCACAGAGUUCGGAACAAACUGCCAACCCCCCCUCACAGCCCGUCAAAUCGGCCAGUAUCGCACAACAGCGCCAGCUCGCGGAGAGUAAAUAACUUUCUGCCACACCAGAGGAAAACUUCCUACACCCCAACAACAGAAAGUCCAAGGUUAACUCCUGAAUGGGUUAAGGGCCAUACGAACGGUGUAGGGACCGUGAUUGACACGCCACCUGCCACGCCCAACAGGUACCUUACCGUCCCUUCCUCUCUUCCACCGAUUGUACAGAAGACACAAGAAUCCUCCAAAACUUCUGAAGUAAAACAUAAAACUCGGCGAUCCCUCCCAGUAGGCGGACUUGCGAAGAAACUGACAUCAAACAGAUUCUCCAUUUCCAACAGCAACAGCUCGCCAAGUAGUCCAAUACAGCAUGAGCGUAAUGCCCACAAAGACACACACAAACCUGCUCCAAACACGGCCGAAAAUAAACAGGUUUUCGUAAACAAAUCCAGGUAUGGCUAUUACUUGAGCAAACGGGCAGAAAAAUCCGCAACUGCAUCUCAACCGAGACCGAAAAAGACGAUUUCUGAGCCGAUCGCGACAGCUAUUUCUUACCUAACUUCCAAGCAUCGUUCUCCCAACACAGGUGUUCCACAUCAUCACUCGAGAUGAGACGAUUUGGUUUGUUUGAGAUUUGGUUUGUUUGAGUCGUUUGCGUUAAACCUGAUUUAUAUUUCAAAGAUGUGAUUGGUCCGGUGCACGUCACUUGGGAUGUAGGCCACAGUUGGCGCAUUAUCCCAAUGUUUCUGGCUAUAUAUUCAUCACGCCAGAGGCCGAACUGUGGGCCAGGGAAUCUGGAAUGUACAGGCUCAUUACCCCAACAUUAUCUUUGGAAUAAUUUUUAAACGCUAAUGCAACAUAAUAGACGUUUUUCUAAACCGCAAACAAAACCUGACUCACAACUUUUAUUCAACCGAUGGUAAAGUUAUAAACUUUAUAUAAACCAACAAAGUAGUCUUGCCAACUCGUCCUGCAAGGCUGAACCAGUACGUUGAAAAUGUGGUGCAGUUUCAACGUAUAAAGAUCAAGUAUUUAAUGCACGUACUUCUGUUUUCUCUUUUUACAUCCACUGCAUUCAAACAACGCUGUAGUAAAAUCGUGAAAUAGUUUUUCACGCAAUGAUUCACUGUGAACUUCAUAAGUUAAUACCCGGAUACCCGUACUAUACUUAUCAGCUGUUUUCGUGUCUUUCUUCUUAUUGUAUUGCAUUUCCCUCCAAAUAAAAACUCUUGUCCAAACAA